AUGUCGUCACCAACAAACAUCAAGGCCGAGCUUGACGUCGAGGCCGUGCAGCCUGGCCCCUCCCGCCCUUCCCACACCACUUCCACUUCCACCACGCCUACCCUCUUCCGCUCCCCUUCCACCCUCUAUCGUGAGCGUGGAACCGUUCCUGUCGAGCUCGUCAACGCGGUGCUAGAGAAGGGCGACGCAUUCGAGAUUGUCUUUGACGGCCCCAAUGAUCCUCGAAACGCACAGAACUGGAGCUUUGGCAAGAAGAUCUUCCAGACCUCCCUCAUGACCGCUGCCACUCUAUGGGCCGGCAUUGGCUCUGCGGUCAUCUCUGGUGCGGCCACCUCGUUCCGAGCACACUUCGGCGUAUCCGCAGUCGUCGCCGAGCUUGCAAAUGGCAUGUUUAUCCUCGGCUUCGCACUCGGCCCCCAGGUCUUCGGCCCCCUCUCCGAGGUCCUCGGCCGCAAGUGGCCCCUUACUCUCGGACUUUUCCUCGGCACCAUGUUCAGCAUCAUGACCGCCGGCGCCGGCAACCUCGGCACUGUUAUCGUCGGCCGCUUCCUCGGUGGCUUGUUUGGCGCCUCACCGUACGCUAUCGGCGGCGGCUGGUUCCACGACGUCUACGACCCCAUCCACGUGCAGGCGGGCGUGGCCUUCUUCGCUGCCGCCACCGCGGGAGGACCCGCCCUCGGCCCCAUCAUUGGCGCCGGGCUCGCCUCCACCAGCGCGAAUUACGGCUGGCGUUGGGCCGAAUGGUUCAUGGCUGCUUUCGGACUGCUCGUCACCUUCCUCCUCGCCGUCUUUAUGGAAGAGGCGUACGCUCCCUCCAUCCUCAAACAAGAGGCCAUGCGGCGCCGCCGUGAGACCAAGGUCUGGGCGUACCACUCUGAGCUCGACACAGUCAACAUCACACCCAGUGACAUCCUCCUCCGCUACGUCCUCCGCCCCGUCCGCAUGCUCUUUACUGAACCCCUUCUCUUCGUCAUCAGCAUGUACAUGAGCUUUGUCUACGCCCUGCUUUACAUGCUCAUGGCGGCCCUCCCAGUUAUCUUUGGCGAGUACCGUGGCAUGGGUCCUUUCGUCGAGAACACUCCCCUCUUCUCCGUCUUCGUUGGUAUCGUGUGCGGCGGCGCGCUUAUCAUCCUCGACAUGCAGCGCUACAAGGGCCGCCUGGCCGCCACAGGCGCCGAGGCCCUGCCCGAGGAGCGCUUCGUGCCCAUGGGUCUCGGCGCACUCUUGCUCCCCAUCGGCCUGUUCUGGUUCGCCUUCACCGGUCCCGCACAGGUGUCUUCCCCCUGGCCCUCGAUCAUCGCCCUCGGCUUCAGCAUGUGCGGCAUGGUGCUCAUCUUCGAGUGCGGCAUCAUUGUCAUCAUCGACAACUACGGCUCGUUUGCCAACUCCGCCAUCGCCGCCAACACACUCACCCGGAGUAUCUUUGGCGGCUCGUUCCCCCUUUUCACUGCUGGAAUGGUCCACAACCUCGGACUUGAGGGGACGUGGAGCAUGGCCCUGCUUGCGUUCAUCGCGGUGGCAUUGGCGCCGAUUCCCCUCAUUUUCUACCACAUCGCGCCCAGGCUUCGCGCCAUGAGCAAGUUCAACCCCGGCCUCUAG